UUUAAAACAUAAACAAAAAAAAAGAAAAUCAUGAAACAUGUAGCAGAAAUGGCUUCUUCUUCUCCGUCUCUGUACCGCCGUCUCCAUGAUGUUUUCACCAAGACCCCCAAACCCCAUUUCCAGACUGCCAAAGACAUUAAUCUUAAAGAAAUUCAAUCCCUUGUUCAUAAAUUCAAGCAGUCCUCAAACAAUCCCAAAUUCCGCCAACAUUUUACAAAUUAUGAAUCUUUCAUACGCCAACUCAUCCGAACUCAUCAGUUCUCUGCUAUUGAAAAUGUCAUCCAACACCAAAAAAUUUACCCAGAUAUAAAAAAUGAGCGUUUCGUUGUACGGUUCAUUUGGUUGUAUGGAAAAGCUGGUAUGUUCGACCAUGCCCAGAAACUGUUCGACGAAAUGCCUCACUUAAAAUGUGAGCGUACAGUCAUGUCGUUCAAUGCUCUAUUGGCAGCUGCUGUUAAUUCGAAUAAAUAUGAUAAUAUUACUGAGAUUUUCAAAGAAUUACCUGGGAAAUUGGCUAUUGAGCCUGAUAUUUUUUCGUAUAAUACGAUGAUUAAGGCGUUCUGCAAUAUGGGUUCAUUGGAUUCGUUAGUUCCGAUAAUGGAUAAGAUGAAGAAAAGUGGAGUUGACCCUUGUGUUAUUACUUUCAAUACGCUUUUAGAUGGGUUUUACAAGAAUAAUAGGUUUUCUGAAGCUGAAAAUAUAUGGACUUGGAUGGAAAACACGGAAGUGAUUCCGAAUGUUAGGAGUUAUAAUUCGCGAUUACGCGGUUUGGUUGAGAAUAAUCAUGUCUUAGAAGCUGAGAAACUGUUUGAGGAGAUGAAGAAAAAGGGAGUAAAGCCUGAUACUCAUAGUCAUAACGCAAUGAUUACAGCUUAUGCAAAAGAUGGAAAUUUGGAAUUGGCUAAAAGUUGGUACGCAAAGUUGGGGGAAAGUGGUUGUCUUCCUGAUCAUGUGACGUUUAGUUUACUUAUUCCUCUGGCCCGUGAUAAAGAUGAUCCUGAUUUUGCUUAUGAAUUGUGCAAGAAGUGUAUUGAUUUGAGACGAAAUGUUUAUACUUUUACAAUGCAGCGGGUUAUCGAUAUGUUGGUUACAAAAUCCAUGAUCAAAGAAGCGAAAGAGCUUGUGGAGUUAGGAAGGAAUUGUUCUUUCCGUUAUAGGCUGGAAAUACCAAAUGAUCUAUCAUUCUCUCUUAACUGUAAUCUGUGAUGUGUUCGUCUCUACUGAUUCAGCUUAUGAUCCAGCAAGUUCUCAUUUUCGCUCAGUGAGCCAUCCGUGAUCGAAGAAGUAGAACAUGGGUAAUUAGAUCCCACCAUUAUGAGCUGGAAAAAGGGCAAAGAUUUCCGGUGAUACAUAACAUGUCUCAUGUCUGUCAAAGUUUGGUCUUUUAUAUGUUUCUCCUAUUGAUUUGGGCUGCAUUACAUCAGAAACUUGGUUUCAAUUAUGAAACACCACCCAUUGAUUUGGGCUAUACUAUAUCAGGUGUUUUUUGUUCCAGCUACGAGACAACAACUAUUCACUUGGGCUGCACUAUAUCAGGAGUUUAGUUCUGAUGUUGUUAACUUGUGGAACUUGGUGCGCGACACCAGAAUGUCGGCAUUUUUUAUUGCUUUUUACCUUAAUUCCCUAAGGAAUAUCUUUAGCUAAAUUGUAUUUUGCUUCCCUUUCACAUUA